CACACACCCUGGUCAUUUUGUGUCUUCUGAACACCCGUGGACCUGUUUUUGUGACUGUGUGUGUUGUGGGUUUAGUUGUCGAUCAUGUCGAGUGGGGUUGAGCUGGUGGGGUUUUUGAUGUGUGUGGGAGGCUGGCUGCUCACAGCCGUGUCGCUGGCGAACGAUUAUUGGCGUUUGUCGUCUGUCUCGGGCAGCGUGAUCAUAUCUGUGCGGCAGUAUCAGAACCUGUGGCAGUCAUGUGCCGAGGGCAGCACUGGGGUCUCCAACUGCAGGACGUUUCAGUCUUUACUGGCACUGGAUGGAUACAUUCAGGCGUGUCGGGCUCUGAUGAUAGUCGCUCUCAUUCUGGGUUUGUUGUCCAUCGUUCUCGCUUUACUGGGACUGAAGUGCACUAAACUUGGCAGCACGUCUGAGAGCACUAAAGGCAAAAUGGCUCUUACAGCAGGAGUGCUGUUUAUCCUCUCCGGUGUGUGUGUUCUCGUGGCAGUAUCGUGGUACGCAGCUCGUGUCGUUCAGGAAUUUAAUGAUCCUUUUUAUGGAGGCACAAAGUUUGAGCUGGGCACUGGGCUGUAUCUGGGCUGGGCGGCAGCAGCGCUGGUGAUGUUGGGUGGUGGAUUUCUCUGUACCUCCUGUAAGUCGAAUCCAGCACCUGCACAAACACGGGGUUAUAGUUAUAACUACACAUCACAGCCUCAGAAGAUCUACAGAACCGAAGCGCCAUCAGAUUACAGCAGUUCCAAAGCUUACGUCUAACUGUGUCUUUUAUUCUUUUUUCAUAUUUUUGUGUUAUUACAGGCCAAGCAUUGAAGGGUUUUAUCUGUUUGUUUAUUAUUUUGCAUUAUCAUGGGGCUUUUACAUGGGGAUGUGAUAUAGUUAAGAUGUGCAUGAGAUGAUCAAACGGAUCAUCUUGAAUCCAAUCUUAACAAAAAUCACCGUUCAGAUUUUUGUGUUCUCCAAAGGUCUAGAUCAGGUUGUAUCUCAGAAACACUUAUGACACUUCAUGAAUACGAACACCUAUAGUCAAAAAUAAAUUGUUGAAGUUAAUAGUAAAUAGUUUUUCUCCCACUUGUUUCUGUAACCAAACAAAUCUGCUCAGCUUGUAAUAUGUGUGCCAUUGGAGUGUAUUUUGGGCAUGUUGUUUAAUACUUGCAUCUAAACCAGAGCAUGUCAAAUUUGUAUGAAUUGUCUUAGUAUGUUAUAUAAAUGUUACAUUGACACUUGUUUUUGAAUCUUGAGUUUUAAGAGUCUUGUCCAUUUGUAGAAAUUAAAUGAAGUCAUUUAUAUGUGCUGUUUAA